GGAGCGGGUUAUAUUUAAUACACUGAAGGCGCGUAACUCAGUUUGUAUUUGGUCAGAAACGGCGUUUGUAGCUGGUAAUACCGUCCGUCACACACGAAAUGGCUGGAGGAAAAGCAGGAAAAGACUCCGGGAAGGCGAAAGCGAAGGCUGUUUCGCGCUCACAGAGGGCUGGACUGCAGUUUCCAGUGGGUCGUAUUCACAGACACUUGAAAUCCAGGACUACAAGUCACGGGCGCGUCGGAGCCACUGCCGCAGUGUACAGCGCUGCUAUUCUGGAGUAUUUGACUGCUGAGGUACUUGAGCUGGCAGGUAACGCAUCUAAAGAUUUGAAGGUGAAGAGAAUCACCCCACGUCACUUGCAGCUUGCCAUCAGAGGUGAUGAAGAGCUGGACUCCCUCAUUAAGGCGACUAUUGCUGGUGGUGGUGUUAUACCCCACAUUCACAAGUCUCUUAUUGGGAAGAAGGGACAACAGAAGACUGUGUAAACUGAAAUUUGUAUGUUAGCUGUCUUAGGACAUGGAACUGUACGGAUGCGUUUUGUUUGCCCUGUAGAUUACUAGAAUUUUAACACUUUAUAUUGUCCAGCUUUGCGUUUACUCAUUUCUGGGGUAUUUCUUUCAAACAUGGCUUCAGAGAAGCCGUUUUGUUUUAUGAUGUUUGGCUUAGUCUUUGUGUACCCUUUUAAUUUGUAACGUGGCAUUUGGCUUUUAAACUUGUGAAGUUUCAGGAUUUUAUUUCAAUAAAGCUAAAAGUGCCAUGCUG